AUGCGCGCGGGCACCGGCCCCGCGGAGCGGGAGGCGCGGAUGCGCGCGGCGAGAGAAAUGGCGGAGCAGCUCCCCAUCUCCGCAGUGGAGCAGCAGCUGGUGGAGGAGGUGCGUUCGGCACACACACUCGUGGUGGUGGGCGAGACUGGCAGCGGCAAGACCACUCAGCUCCCCCAUUUCAUCCUCUCAUCGGGCCUGCUCUACCCACACCAAGCUAUCACCGUCACACAGCCGCGGCGUGUGGCAGCAGUCACAGUGAUUCCUUCAUGCUCGCUCUCCCUCUCUUCCCUCUCCUUCUCCCCCGCAGAGCUCCCUCAGUUCAUCCUCUCAUCGGGCCUGCUCGCCCCACACCAAGCAAUCGCCGUCACACAGCCGCGCAGAGUGGCAGCAGUGACGGUGGCGGCGCGCGUGGCGGAGGAGAGGGGGGUGGGCGUGGGGCAGGAGGUGGGGUACAGCGUGCGAUUCGAGGACGUCACCAGCUCGCUCACGCGCAUCAAGUUCCUCACUGAUGGCAUGCUGCUCAGCUGGUACGGCGUGGUGGUGGACGAGGGUCAUGAGCGCACCGUGAAGCACCCAGGUGUGCAAGACAGACAAACACCCUGUUUCCACAUUCCCGAUGUCACAACCUUCAGGGAAGCACUUCUGGACCCGCUGUUGAGGCGGUACGGCGUGGUGGUGGUGGACGAGGCUCAUGAGCGCACCGUGAACACGGACGUGCUGCUGGGGCUGCUGCAGCAGGUGCAGGCCCGCCGCCAUGCGCUUGCCCAAGGGGAGGCAGGUGUAGGGAUGGGUGGGCAGGGGCAGAAGGGGAAGGUGGUGGGCGGUGGGAGGGAGGCAGAGGAUGGGGACAUGGAGGGGCGGAAGGGGAAGAAGAGACGGAGAGGAGAGGAGUGCAGGGAGGGAGAAGCAGACAGAGAGGCAGACGGGCAAAUAGGGGAGACUGCUGCAGGCACAGGCGUAGUGGCAGGUGCAGGCACAAGUGCAAGCUCAGGCGAGUUCAAGGUGAUAGUCAUGUCGGCUACCCUUGAGUCGCGCAAGUUCCUCGACUUCUUCCCCGCCGCCCACGCUGUGUACAUCCGCGGCAGGCAGCACCCCGUGCAGGUGCUUUACACUCCCGCCCCCGAGCCUGACUUCCUCGACGCAGCGCUGGUAACCGUGUUACAGAUACACACGGAUCACCCUAUAGAGGGCACAGCCCCAGGGCAGGCGGGGGAUAUUCUCGUGUUCCUCACGGGGCAGGAGGACAUAGAGGCCAUGGCCAGGCUGCUGCAGGAACGUGCGGCGAAGCUUCCUCCCGGCACGCCGCCGCUGGCUGUGGCGCCCAUCUAUGCGGCGCUGCCAGCGGAGCAGCAGAUGAACGUGUUCCGCCCCGCCCCCGCUGGGUGCAGAAAGGUGCAGAGCGGUGCGGGGUGGAGGGGUGGGGCCGGGGUUAGGGUGGUGCUAGCAACCAACAUAGCGGAGACGUCAGUGACCAUCCCGGGGAUUCGCUUCGUGGUGGAUGCAGGGCUGGUGAAGGCGCGGGCGUUCAACUGCCGCACGGGGGUUGACUCGCUGGUGGUCGUGCCCGUGUCCAAGGCACAGGCUCGGCAGAGGAGUGGGCGAGCGGGCAGGGAGGCGCCAGGCAAGUGCUACCGGCUGUACACAGAAGGCACGUUCGAGGCGCUGCCAGAGGCGCCCGUGCCGGAGAUGCUGCGCUGCAACCUCGCCUCUGUCGUGCUGCAACUCAUCGCCCUCGGGGUCAAGGACCUCCUCUCCUUCCCCUUCCUCGACCCGCCACCACAGUCGGCCAUACUGCGGGCCCUGGAGCAUCUGUUCUCGCUGGGAGCGCUGACACCAGAGGGGAGCCUGUCGCCACAGGGGAAACACAUGGCCCGCUUCCCCCUCGACCCCGUCUUUGCCAAGGCCAUACUGGAAGCUUACCGACUGGGGACAGCAGGGGUGGCGGACGACAUGGUGGCAGCAGUGGCCAUGCUCUCCGUGGACUCACCCUUCCACACGCCCUCACAUGCUGCUGCUGAGGCUCAUGCUGCCCAGAAGAGAUUUUUCUGCCCGGACGGCGACCAUCUUACGCUGGUGAACGUGCUGCGAGGCUAUCUGGCAGCGGGCAGCGAAAACACUGAGGCUGAUGACAUGACACGUGAUGGGAGCAACAACGGGGGGAGUGGUGGUGGUGGGGUUCAGGGGUUUGGGCGGCAGGCAAAGGCGAAGGAGGGGAGGGUGCGGGCAUGGUGCAAGGCACAGUACCUCAAUGGGCGCUCACUCAAGAAAGCAGCCGAUGUUUACCGGCAACUGCAAGCGUACUGUCACGCCCUCUCUCUACCUGUUGUCUCCAACUCGACUCUACCUCCGUCGUCAUCAGGACUUGCAGCCACGGGCACCGCAGCAGCAGCAGCAGCGCAGCAGCGGGACGAGUCAGUAGCGUUUCGCCGGGCGCUGACAGCAGCCUUCUUUGCCAACGCUGCCAAGAAGCAAGCUGACGGCACGUACAGGACCAUGCAUGUUGAGAAUGCAGUGAUAGCCUCGCGCACCCUCAUGCGCACACCGCUCUCGGUUUCUGUGCUCUCAGUUGCCAUGCUCUCAGUUUCCGUGCUCUCAGGUGCCGUGCUCUCAGUUGCCGUGCUCUCAGUUGCCGUGCUCUCAGGUGCCGUGCUCUCAGUUGCCAUGCUUUCAGGUGCCAUGCUCUCAGGUGCCGUGCUCUCAGUUGCCGUGCUCUCAGUUGCCGUGCUCUCAGGUGCCAUGCUCUCAGGUGCCAUGCUCUCAGGUGCCAUGCUCUCAGGUGCCAUGCUCUCAGGUGCCAUGCUCUCAGGUGCCAUGCUCUCAGGUGCCAUGCUCUCAGGUGCCAUGCUCUCAGGUGCCAUGCUCUCAGGUGCCAUGAUUUCAGGUGCCAUGCUCUCAGAUGCUCUGCUCUUCAGGCCCGCCUGGCCUUGUUAUCACCACCACUUUCUGCCUGCCUUUAUAUUGCCCCCCUCUCUGCCUUCUCACCUGCACUGCACCCUCACCUUCCCAGCUGUCCAUCUCUCCCCUGCCCUCAUGGCACACACCGCGCUUGUGCCGCCAUGCGUUCUCAUGCCCACCAUCACACCACGCCAGCCCGUCGCCUCGCUACACGGCAGGCCAGCGGCAUUCCCCCCUGCACUCGCUCACCCUGCCCGGGCCUUCACGGGGCUGCAUACGGCAGCGGCAGCAGCAGAAGCAGCAGCGCGCCGAGCGGUGAGGGCGGCAGCAGCAUCGGAGGGGGAAAACGGGUCGCUGAAGACGCAGCAAGGCCAGGAGGGGGAGGAAGGGGGCGAGGCGGACCCCGUGUUGGAGGAGGCGAUGCGGCGCAGGGCGGAGUGGCAGGCGCCGGCGCCGACGCGCGUGGAGGCGAUUCUCGACGUGCUAUUUGUGUUCGGCGGGCUGCUGGACCGCCCGUUCGGGUCGGGGCAGAGCAUCGCGGCGGCGGGACGGGUGGUGCUGGCGCGUGUGGAGAAGGAGGUGCAGGCGCUCCGGCAAGAAGGCGAGGGGGGCGGGGGCGCCGCUGCUGCUGCUUCCGCCCCUGUGCGCACUGGCGCAGCGGCUGUUCCGCGGAGUGGGAUGGAGGGUGUGGCGGUGGAGGGAGUAGCAGCAGGCGGGGGUGGUGAAGGCGGGAAGGUGGGGGCAGUGAACCGGCAGCAGGUGCUGUUUGAGUUGAUGCGGGUGGUGCAGCUGCUGGGUGUGGACAUGCAGAUGGUGGGCGCUGCUGUGAAGGAGGAGACGCUGCUGAAGCGCCUCGAGGAAGCCAAGAGCCACUGCCAGCUGGCAAUGCGCCUUGCCAACAGCCUGUGA